AUGGAAUCUUUUGAUUUCAACUCGAAUGGCUACAAAGUGAAGAAGGUCUUCAAGUCUAAGAAAGAGAGAUAUGACGAUCCGGAACAACAAGCUGAGGCUUUAUAUGCAAAGGAGAAUGGAUUGCCGGCUCCUGUGAAAAAGCAUAAUUCGGCUGAAGAAGCCAAAGCGGCUGCUAUCAACUCGCGUAACCGUGAGGACUGUAUUUUAAUAUAGUAUUCAGUGUUUAGGCUCUAAAAGUACCUCAGAUUUGAAGCCAAGUGCGGCCAAGCCGAAAACGAGUAAUGUCAAGGCUGAUCGGAAGGCGAGGUCUCGCGGCGUCAGCGGGUGUUAUUCGAAGAAGGAUGGAAACCGCUUUGAAUAUGGUCUUGAUGACUAUGUCAACCAAAAGGAAGAUGUCAUUGAUGAGUCCGAUGUGGAAGAUGGAGGGGAUUUGAGUGAAGAUUAUAUUGAUUAUGUGUACAGCUUUGACGUGGAGAAAGUUCAUGGGGCUCUGAAGGAAUACUUUAACAAUGGAAGCGUUGAAUGUGCAUUAGUGAGCUUGUUUUAUACUUUUUUCAAAAUACUGGUUUAGGCAGACCUGACGGUUCUUUUGUUUGACCGGGAGUCGAAGAGCCGUAUGGCCAAGGAAGUUAUGCGCUGUUCGUUGGAUUACGAUCAAGGUCGAGUCGUUCAGGGAUAUAAAUUGCUUUGUGCUCUAUUGGACGAGGGCCAUCUCUCGGAUCGAAAUGUUCUUUCGGCCAUUGAGGAUCUUCUGUUAGAAUUGGAAGAGAUCAUCCACGAUAUGCCUAAGGCCCGAGGAUUUCUGGGAACUUUGAUUGCCAAGCUUAUCUCUGAUGGAGUUAUUGGCCGGAUCGCGUUUGAUGACAUUACAAGCAAGUUGAAUCACAGUCGGCAAGCAAUGUAAGAUGACGCAAUAUUUUGAAACUCGCACAAAAUUAAAAUUUCAGGAGUUGUGCCUUGGAAGUUUAUAUGUACCUCAACAAUAAAGCCUUGUUAAAAGGAAAAUUUGAAGAUUGUGGCGCAUAUGCCCCUUUGGAAGUACUUCGGGAUCAGAUGGAAAAGAUUCUCAGGGAAUUUCUUCUUAGUGGUGAUGCCGACGAGGUUUCUGAGCGCCUAAAGGAGCUUCAUGCUCUUCAUUUCCAUCAUGAACUUGUUUAUUUGGUGGGUUUCUAUGCACUUGAUCGUAUGCGGGACACCACAAUGGAGAAAUUAGCAGGCCUUCUGAAAGUAAGCGAAAUUACCAUUACUUAUAUUCUUCAGCACCUGUUGAACACCGGAUACCUCUUAGAAUCGUGCAUUGAACCUGGUUUCCUUCGGUUGUUCAAGGAGCUUCCUGAUCUCGUGAUUGAUAUUCCUGCGGCAUAUUCCCUUUGCGAUGUCUGGGUCAAGAAGUGUAAAAAGUCUGGUUUGAUAUCUGACGGCCUCACUGAAAAAUUGCCAAAAAAGUGAGUCCUUUGCUCGAUUUUAUUGAGUUUCUUUCUUCUAGUUCUACCAGAAGAAACCGUACUCUGUCAGAAGGUGCUGAUGGAAAGUUUCAAUAUAUUGAUGCUGCCGGAGAGGCCAUGCUCGUGGCCUAG